AUGUCAAACCGGGACGAAUGCGAUGUCGUGGACAAUCACAGCAGUCGAAGCGGCGGCCAGGAGACACCGAGAAAGUCUGAAGAAUCCCAGGUUAACGACGCCGACCCCGAAAGGGAGAUGAAGGCCUGGGAAGCGGGUCUCGAACUUGGUUUCGAGGGAGGCGUCGCCCACCCCUCCUCCUUCGUCUUCCUCAAAAGAGACGUAGGCAUGGCGGCGGCAGCAGCUCUGUCUCCUACGGGCCAGAUCCUUCAUGUCGCAUCAGGCGAGGUCAAGGCUCUCGAAAUCAAACACAUCAUGGUCGCGCCCUCUAUGAGAGUCCGUGCCGCGUCCAUGGAACCCCUUGGCCCUCGGUUCCCCUCCCUACUCCACGCGUUCCUCUCCCCUCAAAAGAGAAAGCCCUCCGCUGGCUUUGAAGACGAGGCUACGAUUGUUGCCGAAAAUACCCUCGUGUUUCCCGAAAAGGCGUACAUGGUCUCGCCUAGCCCCGUACCCCAAAACCCUCCUGUGAGGCCGGAGGAGCCUCAUCGCGUCCCAAGCGAGGUCCAAACUAUGUCAGCGGCCCGCCGGUCGCCCCCUCCCCGCGCCACUCAAGCCCGUACCUGGCUCGCAACACCCGAACGCCUGGAAAAAGAACUCGAGCGGCCAAGGGAAGCUGACAAGCCUACACAGCAGUGGCACCCCACAGAGCGAGAAGAGUCACACGGGGCCAGAUUUUCUGAGGAGUCGGAAGAGUCAGAAGAGUCAGAAGAGGAAGAGCUGGUUCAGUUUAGGGGACCCAAUCUGCUCGUAGCCCCAUCUCCCGAGCCGACCCGACCCCAGGGCCUCAGACAGACGCAGUCACACCAAUAUCUUCCAGUGCCGGCCACGCGAAAUCGAUCUAACUCGAAUGAGGAUGGCAACCGGCUUGGGCAGCACGUCCAUGGAAGUGGAAUGCAGCAGGACGCGGCGAGUCGCCGACUCCGUGCACGGUCUUUUGAUAAUCGCGCCACCAUGGCCCAGGGAAAAUGGGAGCUUCAGGUGUCUAUACUUGACCAGACUGGGGCCGGUUUUAGGCGCUCCUCUCGGUCGCCCUCGCCAUCUCCUGCAGAAACUCCCUCCUCUACGGACGACACCCUUCACUACCACGCCGCCUACGGCGUCUCAUUCUCCGGACCCUCAGACCGCCUACUCCUCCUCGAGCUCUACCUCGAUUGCUUCGCCGCCCCAGCCCCCGACUCCCCGUACCCCGCAAAUAGGCGGAGCUGCUGCUCUCUGCCACGCAAACUUUGCCAGUCCGGCCAAGGUCAAGCUGCUAGCCGAAGCCCCCGAAGUGUUCCUUAUAAGCCUUCGGCCCCGCCGCUUUUCUACACUUCUGCGCCUAUGCCCACCUCCAACGCAUCCCCGCCGUUGUUUUCCUCGCCUGAUUAUGCCGCUGCCCACAGACUCGCCCAUAAUCCUAGCAUGCAAUAUACCGGACCAGCACGACGAUCGUAUAUCGAGCUCAACUACGGGCGCGAUACCAUGAAGGAGUCUUUUGGGUCCACGGCGAAGCCUGUGCGAAAUAUCCAAGAGGCGGAACUAUCCAGCAGACUCUCGGGGCCCCCAGACAUGCCCGCGUUCUUCUAA